GAAGGAGGCUGUGUGGAGACAGUGCGCGUGUUGCUCAAUGCUGAGACAGAUGUGAACAAAGUUGGCGAUGGUGGUACCCCGCUGCAAAGGGCAUCUCGGAAAGGGUGCAUUGGCAUUGUGAAGUUACUGAUCGCUGCGCGGGCUGACGUGGACAAGGAUAAUGCCUCGACCGCUGCCAUGGAUCAGGAAACAGCACUUGCAGCUGCAGCUUCUGGAGGCUUCACUGAUAUCGCACAGCUGCUCUUGCAGUCCCGCGCAGACAUCAACAAGCCUUGCAAACAUGAAGACUUCAGCCCUGUCCGCUCUCCACUGGCUGCGGCAUGCAUCGACGGACAUAUCGACAUAGUGCGUCAACUGCUAGAUGCAAGAGCUGACGCGAAUUCUCCUGAAGCAUUCUAUGCGCUGCCGAACCGUCAUUCGCCGUUCGAUCCUCCGCGAUUUCUUACGCCGCUGGGCGCUGCAUGUAUGGGCAGCGAUGAGAACAGUACCGAGAUUGUGCAGCUGCUGCUGGCAGCUGGAGCCGACACGGACGCGCCCAGCGCAAUUCCUGCUGGUUCGCUAUCUUUGCGCCAAGGCUCCAACAUCUUUUCUAUCCCGGAAACGCCGAAUGCCUGCGACCCGCGAGUGGAAUCUCAUGCAAGACCUUUAGCGGCAGCCUCCCAGUUUGGCGUGCUUCACGUGGUGCAGCUCUUACUCGAAGUUCGAGCCGAUAAGGAUGCCCUCUCGGACGGUGGCACUGCGCUCAGGAUGGCAGCUCGCAAGGGCCACGCAGAGAUCGUGCGCUUGCUGCUACGGGCCGGUGCGGACAGGAACAAGCCGUGUCUCGAGGGCACACAUCGCACACCCCUGGAAGCGGCAGCAUUCUAUGGGCGUGCAGAGGCGUACAACUUGCUGUCUGGCGAGGAGUGA